CCAGUAAGCUAGCGAGAGGCUGCAGAAGCUAAAGCAUCCUGCCUGGGAAAGGUAAGAGAGAGGCUGGAGGGGGACGAGCUAGAGCAGCAGCAUCCGCAGCUGGAGUAACCACGAGAGCAUCGAGGGGAGGAGGGUGGAGGGAGGAGGAGAAGGAGGAGGAGCACCAGCAGCAGCAGCAGCGAUGGCAGCUUAAUUUGCCACCCGGAGGAGGCGGAGUCUCCGCAGCAGUAAGAGCAGGAGGCAUUGCUGAAACAGUAGCCGCGCUGGCUGGAGCCCGAGCCAGAGCCUGAGGAGUCUGGGUGUGUGAGAGCUUCGCUAGCUACGGACCGGCAGCAUCUCUUCGGGAGGCUGGGAGAGUGUUCGAAGGGAAGGAGAAUUGCCUGAUUCAUUCGACACAAAAGAUCAAGACUAAAACUGAGCAAGAAUUUAAUUUCCCUGUCCCCCCUUCCCCCAUGACUGAAACCUUGGAAACAUGACUUUCUUUGGAUUCCUGGCUUUGCUUGUUCUGCCAAGUACAGCUCUUAGCACCAAUUUUCCUGAUGAAACCAUUGCAGAAUUGUCUGUGAAUGUGUAUAAUCAUCUACGGGCCACUGGAGAAGAUGAGAAUAUUCUCUUCUCUCCUUUGAGUAUUGCUAUUGCAAUGGGAAUGGUGGAACUGGGAGCCCAUGGGUCCACCCUGAAAGAAAUACGUCAUUCCAUGGGAUAUGAAGGUUUGAAAGAUGGUGAAGAAUUUUCCUUCUUGAGGAAUCUCUCUGACAUGAUAACCACUGAGGAGAACCAGUAUGUGAUGAAAAUGGCCAACUCCCUCUUUGUGCAAAAUGGAUUCCAUGUCAACGACCAGUUCUUACAGAUGAUGAAAAAGUAUUUCCAAGCUGAAAUUGAGCAUGUAGAUUUCAGUCAAAAUGAGGCUGUAGCCAGUCACAUCAACAAGUGGGUGGAGAAUCACACCAACAGUCUUGUGAAAGAUUUGGUAUUAGCGAGAGACUUCAGCUCUUUGACCCACCUGGCCCUCGUCAAUGCUGUAUACUUUAAAGGGAACUGGAAGUCACAAUUUAGGCCUGAAAAUACAAGAACCUUCUCCUUCACAAAAGAUGAUGAAAGUGAGGCUCAAAUUCCCAUGAUGUACCAACAAGGAGAGUUUUAUUAUGGAGAAUUUAGUGAUGGCUCCAAUGAAGCAGGUGGCAUCUAUCAAGUUCUGGAAAUACCUUAUGAAGGGGAAGAAAUAAGCAUGAUGCUUGUUCUAUCCAGACAAGAAGUCCCCCUAGUCACCUUGGAGCCAUUAGUGAAACCUCAGCUGAUUGAAGAAUGGGCCAACUCUGUGAAGAAGCAGAAAGUGGAAGUGUAUCUGCCAAGGUUCACCGUAGAGCAGGAAAUUGACCUCAAAGAUGUCCUGAAGGGCCUGGGGAUUUCUGAAGUUUUCAGCAGAAAUGCAGAUUUUAGUGCUCUGUCUGACAACAAGGAGAUUUUCCUGGCCCGAGCGGUCCACAAGUCCUUCAUCGAGGUUAAUGAGGAAGGCUCCGAAGCGGCCGCUGCCUCAGGAAUGAUUGCCAUUAGUCGCAUGGCAGUGCUCUAUCCCCAAGUUAUUGUCGAUCAUCCAUUCUUUUUCCUUAUCAGGAAUAGGAGAACAGGUACCAUCUUGUUCAUGGGAAGAGUCAUGCACCCAGAAGCAAUGAACACAAGUGGCCACGAUUUUGAAGAGCUGUAAAUAAAUAUUAAUCGUCACAUCAUGAAAGGAAAACUGUCAUAAAGCACACCACGUUUGCAACUGGUAUCUAUUUAAGGUCUGUGUUCUCCAGUGUAUGCUAUGAACCUGUUCCAGGUCCACGCCGUCAUGUGAAUGGCCAGCUGGCCUUGUCAAAGAAUGCUUUCCGUAUUAUUGCCAUCAUGGUCCUCUUGCUGUCCUUGUGGUUACUGUGUUGGUAUUGAAAAUAAAACCAUAUAUUAUACACAUGAA